UGAUGGUGCAGUACAUGUGAGUGCCGUCGACAUCUCUCUCCUCCCGUCGAGCCACCCCGUAUUUAUCAGUCAACCCACCCCCGGCUUCGUUGUUGACAAUCCCUUUCAUCACCUUAUGGCCGUGACAGUACUCGCGCCUUGACUAUAUUGCUCGCCUGACUUCGCCUUCACCUGGCCUUCUCCCAUCCCCUCUCGAACCCGAGCGUCCACCGACAGCCCAAACAACCAUGGCUGCUCCCGAGAGCGUUGUUAUGGCUAUUGUGCCCCUUCCCGACGGCACCGUACUGCUUCCUGGAAUCGUCCAGCGCAUCCCCGUCAGCGCCCACCGCGCCGAUCUCAUCGCCAUCAUCAGCUCUGUCUACACCCGAACCUCAGUCCAGGGCAGCAUCGACUCCGUCCCCAUCGCCUGCAUCCCCAUCGCCUCCCCCCUUAUUGGUCGCGGCGGCCAGCGACUGAUCCUCGACACGGACCAGGCCGACAGCCAAUCCCGGCGUCCCAUCGACUACUCCAAGCUCAAACGCGCCGACCUGUACACACAUGGCGUCUCGGCCAAGAUCACCGGCUUGGAGGGUCGCGGCAACAGCGAGUUUUCGCUGCUCGUCGAGGGGCAGACCAGGGUGAAGGUGGACAAGGUUUACCAGGAGCGCCCCCAUUUCGAGGGCAAGGUCACGGUACACCAUGACGAGAUCCUCCUAGACGAGCACCUAGAGGACCGCUUCCAGCACCUCAAGGCGCUGUCGCGAGAGCUGGUCAACCUGAUUCGGCUGUCGUCGCUCAUGUCACGGUCUGCACGGUCCCCUCUCCUGCUGAGACGGCUCGACGCGUUCAUCAGCAAGAAGCAGGUCGCCGACGCAGGCGCCUUUGCCGACUUUAUGGCAAAUAUCGUGGAUUGUGCAUACGAGGACAAGCUGCAUGUUCUCGGCCUAUUCGACGUUAAGAACAGAGUCAACAAGGUCAUUGAACUUUUAGAGCGACACAUCAGUGGCCUCAAGAACCCAAUCAGGAUCACCGCCAUUGCCACGACCACAUCCCUACCCUUCCCAAUGCCCGAUAUGCCCGAUCCGAGUCCCGCGAGCAGGCAGCCUGGAAAUUCUCUUCUGGCCCCCUUUAUCGCGCCCCCGGCCAUGAACGGGAUGCACGGCCGGAACCCGGGCGACCAGGAGCCCGACGAGACCGAAGAGCUGCAGAGGAAGCUAGAGGAGGCGAGGCUGAGCCCGGAGGCGGCCAAGGUGGCUGCGCGAGAGAUGAAGCGCCUCAAAAAGAUGGUGCCAGCCCAGGCCGAGUACAGUGUGCUCCGGACCUACCUGGAGACGCUUGCCGACAUACCUUGGUCCAACGUCACAGACGAUCAGCUCGAUCGCACUGCCUUGACGCGGGCGAGGAAGCAGCUUGACGACGAUCACUACGGCCUUGACAAGGUGAAGCAGCGCCUGAUCGAGUACCUUGCCGUCUUGCGCCUCAAGCAGUCGGCCAAUGAGGACAUUGACGCCAAGAUUAGCAAGAUCCAGGAGACUCUGGCGCAGCCUGCCGAAGCAGAAGCGUGCAAGGACGACGCGGCGGCGGACCCUGGAGCGACGGGUGCGGCACAGGAGAGUAUGGACGCCCUCCAGGCCAAGAUAGACCUGCUCAAGGGCCAGCGUAUGGUGGACAAGUCCCCCAUCCUGCUUCUUGCCGGCCCGCCUGGUGUGGGCAAGACGAGCCUGGCAAAAUCAGUAGCAACGGCCCUGGGUAGGAAGUUCCACCGAAUCUCGCUGGGUGGCGUGCGCGACGAGGCCGAGAUAAGAGGACACCGGCGCACGUACGUGGCCGCGAUGCCGGGUCUGGUGAUCCAGGGCCUGAAGAAGGUCGGCGUCGCCAACCCCGUCAUUCUUCUGGACGAGAUCGACAAGAUUGGCCACAGCACCAACCAUGGAGAUCCCUCGGCCGCCAUGCUCGAGGUCCUCGACCCAGAGCAGAACAGCACCUUCACGGACCACUACGUCGGCAUUCCUGUCGACCUCAGCAAGGUGUUGUUUAUAGCCACAGCAAACAGCCUCGAGACCAUCCCGCCGCCUCUGCUUGACCGCAUGGAGAUGAUAUAUCUGCCCGGGUACACGACACUGGAGAAGAGGCACAUUGCCAACGAACACCUCAUCCCUAAGCAGGUGCGGGUGAACGGGCUCGCUCCGGACCAGGUCGUCUUUGGCCCAGAGGUGGUAUCCAAGGUCAUCGAGUGCUACACCCGCGAGGCGGGCGUUCGUAAUCUGGAGCGCGAGAUCGGGUCCGUCUGCCGCGCAAAGGCGGUCGAGUACGCGGAUGCAAAAGACGGUGGAAAGCUCGAGUCAUACCAGCCACAGCUAACUAUGGACGACAUUGAGCGCAUCCUUGGGAUCGAGAGGUUCGAGGACGAGCUCGCGGAGCAGACAAGCAGGCCUGGCGUCGUGACGGGCCUGGUGGCCUACAGCACAGGGGGCAACGGCAGCAUCCUGUUCAUCGAGGUGGCCGACAUGCCCGGGAACGGCACGUUGCAGCUCACGGGGACGCUGGGUGACGUGCUGAAGGAGAGCGUCGAGGUGGCGCUGACGUGGGUCAAGGCGCACGCGUACGAGCUUGGCUUGGCCGCAGACCCGGCCGAGAACAUCAUGAAGAACAGGAGCAUCCAUGUGCACUGCCCGGCUGGUGCGAUCCCCAAGGACGGCCCGAGCAGCGGACUCGCCCAAGCCAUCGCCCUCAUCUCCCUAUUCUCCGGCAAGCCCGUGCCGCCAACCAUUGCCAUGACGGGGGAAAUAUCCCUGCGCGGUCGGGUCACUGCCGUCGGAGGAAUCAAGGAGAAACUGAUCGGGGCGCUGCGGGCGGGUGUCAAGACGGUGCUACUACCGGCCCAGAACGUCAAGGACACAAAGGACCUGCCCCAGGAGGUCAAGGACGGUCUGACCAUAAUUCACGCCAGUCACAUAUGGGAGGCGAUACGUCACGUCUGGCCCGAGGCCCAUUUCCCGGGGGAGCCAAAGUAUCCUGGCAUCCAGGAGCGCCUGUGAGAUGGGAGGUUGCCGACCUCUCUCUCUUAAGACUCUGAACGACCACUCGAUGUGUCGCCGUCACUAUUUGCGCGCCUUCUCGGCUCCAAAGUAUGCAUGUCUCAGGCGUCUCACCUAUGAGGGCGGACCUUCACCUGACAAGCGAGCGAGGUGUAAUCCCGGAGGUGUGCACGGCUGAGACAGGCUCCCGGGCUGUUUUCUCUACUCUCCUUUCUCCUUUGGAGUGGCCCGUGUCUUGUCUCGCUCACGCAACUCGCCGCUACACCCCCAUGCUGCGACGCCACGACGUAUGGGAGCAAGGUAUGCACGUUGGACCAACAAUCAUAAACAAGAGCCAAAACCCGCACAAGCCUGGAGAAAGGAAGAAAAUUUGUCUCUUACUCUAGUGGCAAGACGUUAGCAUGUGUCGCCCCAACGAGGUGGGGUCACAUUGGGAGGUGCAGGGCGCCAGUGUUGCAGAUAAACAACUGCAGUCCGUAUCCGACGCCAUCUGCUUCCAGUUUCCUUUUUCUCUCGGUUUGUCCGUUUUUUUUCCUCAUCCGUCGCCCUUUUUGGUUUUCCUCGCACAGAUGAGAUCUAUCUCUUGUGGAUUGGGGACAUAAGGCCCGCGCUAUAUGGGCGCCCUAGGAGUGUGUUUCUCAACGGCGACACCUCCCUGUUGCCCGGAAAAGCAUUCCCCUCAUCAAAAAGGCGGCUGUUGGUCAUCACCGGCUACCUGCCUUAGAACCCCUGCAGGGAGGGGGAAAGCUCGGAAUCAGGGGCCGGCAGCAAACAGCCAUAGCCCUCUGGUUCCUCGACCCGCGCCGCUGGGAAAUUCUACGUGGUUCCGUCUUUUCUCUCGGAAACCCACAGGGUGGUUACCCCUCGCCCGUCGUCCCCCGUGUACCCCGGACGAGGGGGGGUGCGUGCCCUCAUGUCAUACACGGGGCAGCGGAUAGCAGCGGCGGCUGAUGAGCAAACAAGUGAGAUUGCGCGGGAAAAAAAUACAUGGAAAGAAAAAAAGCAAGUAUGAGCUAGGAAAAAGUCCUUGAAGAGCAAAGAUUACUCGUUUCGGAUAAUGGUGUCGGAUAUAGGCGAGGCAGUCCUUUUUGCGGGACUUUUAUCACCUGAACAUUCACUCGUGGCAAGCUCGCCCUGCCCAAAGGCCCUCGAGGCGACGGCUCAGACGAGGCCCAGCAGCGUUGAUUCACAUUGGUGUCGGCAUUCAGAGAAUGUAUCAAGUAUGCAUACUAGCGGUGCGGGGGUUUUUCAAAGUUUUGAAAUUUCAAAUAUCAGGAUGCCAUUGACGCAAACUCUUAGUCUUCUCUUUACUGCGGUUGCUACCCCGGUGAUAAACACGUCUUCCACCCGCUCAUCCCCGGUGCUACACGGCCGGCAGGGUCAGCACCCAGGCUUCUGGUCGGCGGCGGAAGGAAGAGGGAUGUUGCCCCGUACAGAAGCUACGUUGUCGUGUGCCCAACCGGGCGGUCUUUUAGAAGGUGUGUGUGCAUGCGUGCAGUAGAGAGAGCCAGGUAGCUAGUAGGUACCUACGUUCCCGGGUAUGUAGGUAGGUAGGCAGGUAGGCACAGGUACACAUGUGCGUCUGUUUGUCAGUGUUUGUGUACACAUAUGCUGUCUGGGCGGGAUAUCACGUUGCGCAACCCGCUUCGGCUAUUCUUCCUCGUCCCAACCCCAUCCAGGCUUUUUUUUUCUUGCGGAAAGAAUAUACAUAGACAAUAAACAUGAGACGGUGUUGUCGAAAAAGAGCUCCG